AUGACGAAGGCCCUUUUCAAACUCCUUUGGGACGUGUGCUUAAUGGAGCUCGCAAAAAUGCUGGGCUUCAAGAGUCCGAAGGCCCUUGCAGCAUGCCAGGCUGCCCAUGAUCACCAUAAAAGCUGGCAAAUUCUGGAAAUAUUCCUUUUUGCUAUGUCUGGUGAGCUCCUUGUGCCCUAUGUUCGUCAGGCAUUGGAAAAAAAAGAAACGCCUUCCGUUGAAGGGUUUUUAGCCAGCAACAAGACCCCUAAUGCAGCUUUGAUGGCGAAGAUUGUUUUUGACCACAGUCUAGCACUUCAUGUGUUUAGAGCAGGGGUACGACGCAACAACACAGAGGUCAUUCUUUGUAGCAGGUCUAAAUUUUCCCCAUUAUUUUUUGGCUUAAACAUGCCAUUUUACAUGGAGGCUUUCGUCAGAGACUCUUUAAUUCGGAUACAGUGUCCUCCUGCAGUCAACGAAUUUAUGAGAAAAAACGAGACGUACACUGUAACUGGGAACGAGAGCAAAGGCGAAGGGGGGGACUUUGUUCUGGAGAACCUCAACCGCAAAAGCAAAAGCUUCAUGCCCCCCGGCCUGCCAACCGACGAGAAAUGGCUCACCAUAAGCAGAAACAUCGACAAAUUAGACGAGAUCAGACUGAACAUGCAGACAAUUAUGGGGCUGACAGAUAAAGACUCAGAAUAUACAUACGCAUACGACAUUAGUGAAGAAAUCUCAGCAUUUAGACACAUAAUUAGGGAACGUAAAUAUUUACAAAAACAAUCACUCACUACACUCUCAAAUAAACCUUUAGACAGUGCAUUCUUACAUUUUGCAGAACAUGCACAAGAAAACAAAGACUCGCAUUACACACACAUACAAACACACGCACUCUCAUCUAGACUUAAACACACACCUAUAUUUAUUUUUCAAGAACACAGAGAAAAGCACACCAACAUCGCAAACAAAACAAAAGCUGAAAUAUCUACACACAUUGAGACACAGUUGGACACAUUGAAAUCACAUACACUAAGCCAGAAAUGGAAAAAAGUGAAAAACUUGAAAAAAUCUGUUCUUUUAGAAUUUCUUAAAGAACUAAAUGAAAUUAAGGAUGCUGAAAGCCAGAGCGAGUCAGAUGUAGAAUAA